GCAAGCCUCGGGGCCCAGGCUCCUUACAGGGCCUCAGUGUGUAGACAUGGCUGACUGUGUCAUUCUCAGUCUGCAGGUGGGCUGGCACCGUGCGACCCGAAGCCCCCGCCCUGAGUCACCGGAUUGGUCUUCCCAGCGAGGUCGUUCCCACCAGAACAGAAGCAUUCCUGUCAGGUCUGACCCUCGGAGCCCUCGUGUCUGUGGAAGGAACUGCGAGAUGGCCAGCCACACCUCGACCUCAGAGAGCGCGGCUCAGGGCUCCGUGACGUUCUCGGACGUGGCCAUCGACUUCUCGCAGGAGGAGUGGGCCUGCCUGACGUCCGCCCAGAGGGACCUGUACUGGGAUGUGAUGCUGGAGAACUACAGCAGCCUGGUGGCCCUGAAUCUAGAGUCAACGUACGAGACUAAGAGUUUAACCAUUGACAAUACUGUUUACGAAAUAAAUUUUCCCAAAGUGAAUUCAGGCAUAAAAACGAAAUCCUUCGGCCCUAAGGCGGUACCUAAAUUACCGCGGGUCUCUCGAGAGCGAGACAUCCACCCGGGGAGCAUGGGCCACAAGAAGCGGCCGGCCAGCACGGAGGGCACGGAGCCUCAGGCGCGCCAGAGGCCGCGCCAGAGGGAGAGCUCCUACGCGUGCGAGGAGUGUGGGAAGGCCUUCAGCCGCAGCUACCAGCUCAGCCAGCAUCACAAGAUCCACACGGGCGAGAAGCCCUACGAGUGCAAGGACUGCAAGAAGGCCUUCCGCUGGGGCAACCAGCUCACUCAGCACCAGAAGAUCCACACGGGCGAGAAGCCCUACGAGUGCAAGGAGUGCGGCAAGGCCUUCCGCUGGGGCUCCAGCCUCGUCAUUCACAAGAGGAUCCACACGGGCGAGAAGCCCUACGCGUGCAAGGACUGCGGCAAGGCCUUCCGGCGUGGGGAUGAGCUCACUCAGCACCAGAGGUUCCACACGGGGGAGAAGGACUACGAGUGCAAAGACUGCGGGAAGACCUUCAGCCGCGUGUACAAGCUCAUCCAGCACAAGCGGAUCCACAGCGGCGAGAAGCCCUAUGAGUGCCAAGACUGCGGCAAGGCCUUCAUCUGUGGCUCCAGCCUCAUCCAGCACAAGCGGAUCCACACCGGUGAGAAGCCCUACGAGUGCCAGGAAUGCGGCAAGGCCUUCACGCGAGUUAAUUACCUCACUCAGCACCAGAAGAUCCACACGGGGGAGAAGCCUCACGAGUGCAAGGAGUGCGGGAAGGCCUUCCGCUGGGGCUCCAGCCUCGUGAAGCACGAGCGGAUCCACACGGGCGAGAAGCCGUACAGGUGUGCCGAGUGCGGGAAGGGCUUUAACUGUGGCUACCACCUCACGCAGCACGAGAGAAUUCACACGGGGGAAACGCCCUACAAGUGUAAGGAGUGUGGGAAGGCCUUCAUUUAUGGGUCGAGCCUGGUUAAACAUGAGAGAAUUCACACAGGGGAGAAACCCUAUGAAUGUAAAGAAUGUGGAAAGGCCUUUAGUCAUGGCCAUCAGCUCACACAGCACCAGAAAACUCACGCUGCGAAAUCUUACACUUGUAAGGCGUGUGGGGAGGCAUUUGAUCACAUAAGCCUUCUUAGAGAACACCAGAGAACUCACAGCAGUUGAAAACCCUUUGAAUACACAGAGCGUCCAGACGCCUCGAUAGCACAUUCACUCCUUCCUCGGCACGAGGAGAACUCACGAUGUCAUCCCAUUAUGUCAUCAUUUGCCUCCACUGGUCAUUGUCAUGUCUGCUUAUAAAACAUCAGGAGUCGGACUAGAGGCAGAUUGGGAGAGGAGAGGUCACUUUUUCUUAAUACUCACAGCAUAGUGUAGAUGUUACACUGGAUAGUUGGUUUACUGAACACACAAGCCUACCGCUACCAUUCCAUCUUCAUCACACCUCGGGCUCGCUCUGGGGAGUAACCCUGCGGCCAUUCUCACCAGCAAAGCCUUCGGUCAUGGCACAUACCCUGCCAGUCAUCACCCCUGGCCCGCCUCUGCCCCCAUGAGACACGCAGCAGACUGCUUGUCACCCUGUGCGUUACAGGUGUUCCUCAGCACAUGAUGAUGGGUUUUGUCCUGAAAAACCCAUCGUUAGAUAACAAUAUCAAAAUCCAGAAAUAACGUCUCAUACACCUAGCCUACCAAACAACACAGCUCAGCCUGGCCUGACCUAACCGUUCUCAGAACACUUAGCACCAGCCUACGUUGGGCCGAAUCAUCGGAUACAAAGUCUAUUCGAUGAAAAGCUUUGAGUAUCUUGUGUAAUUUAUUGAAUACUGCACUACAAGUGCAAUUCAGUGGUUGUACAGGUACGCUUUCGCAGCAUCGUAAAGUUGAGAACCAGUGGUUGUGUAGGUAAGCUUUUGCAGCUCGUACAAUUGAAAACUCAGUGGUUGUAGGAUCCGCUUUCGCAGCAUCGUGAAGUAAGCUCAGUGGUGAUAGGGCCGCCUUCGCAGCAUCGUGAAGUAAGCUCAGUGGCGAUAGGGCCCGCUUUCGCAGCAUCGUGACGUUGAAAAAGCAGAGGUUGUACAGAUACACUUCUGCACUGUCAUGAAGUUGAAAACUCAGUGGUGUAGGAUCCGCUUUUGCAGCUUCGUAAAGUCAGCUCAGUGGUGAUAGGACCUGCUGUCGCAGCAUCGUGACGUUGAAAUAUCAGUGGCUUUACAGGUACGCUUCUGCACUGUCGUAAAGUUGAAAACGCAGUGGCUAUGUGGGUAGACCUUGUACCAUCGUAAAGCUGAACAAUCGUUAAGUUGAACCAUCGUAAUUCAGAGCCAUCUGUAUUUGUGAAAUGUACGUUAUGUGCAUUGUUUGUGCAUAGGGAUGAUCCCAUCUGCUUAAGACUGCCCUCGUGGAAAUUAAAUGUUUGGUACAUGUAGAAAUUACACGCUAAACUAAAUGUUCGGUACACUUCUCGAAAGUCCAUCCGGAGUAUUGUAGCUCCGUUCACGUUACCUGUGCUCUUACCACCAUUAGUGUUGAUACUAGUGAGGUAUUACCAGACACCGUAGCCCCCCGUGGGUGCAGCGAGUCUAGGAAAGGUCAGACCUCUAGAAGAAAAGGUAGAUUCCUGUAUCACAACCUUGGGUUAGGCAGUUUCUUAGUACACAAAAGAACCCAAACAGGAUGAAAACCUGGGUUCAUCUGGUGACACCAUUAAGACAGGGAAAAGGCAGGAAGCGGACUGGGAGAAGAUAUUCUACAUGUACCUGACGAAGGACUCACCUAGAAAAUAAACGUUAAUGACUCCGUGAAUGGAAGAUCAGGCACUUGGCAGAGAUCACCAAGUGACCAGCGAGCAAGCGAGGGAACAAAGCAGAACCAGUGUGACGUCGCUAGGCAGUCACUAGAAUGGCCAAAGGUAAAGUCACAGUGGCUUAGGAAGGGAAGUCGAAUGUCUCAACAGCACAGAAAGCGAGCGAGGUGACGGGUAUGUUCAUUGACUUCACUCGAGCGUCCCACGUUGUAUGCGUGUGUUAAAAUACCUCCUUGUACUUGAUAAAUGUAAUACAUUUAUAUUUGUCUAUUAAAGAUAUUAAUA